UGGAAAUAUACUUCUUACGGAUAGUUUUAUUAGAGAUAUUUAUAUAACCGAUAUGGGAUUAUGUAUACUUGCAAAUUACAAUGCGUCAGAAAUUACAAAAGAAAAAGUAUAUGGUGUUUUAUCUUAUAUAGCUCCUGAAAUUUUAAGAGGACAUAAUUAUACUGAAGCUUCCGAUAUUUAUAGUUUUGGUAUAAUUAUGUACGAAAUGAUUUCUGGAUUACCUCCAUAUCAUGAUCUAAGCCAUGAUAAUAACUUAGCAAUAAAAAUUUGUCAAGGAUAUAGACCAAAGUUUAAUAUUAAAGUGCCUCAACUUAUCGUCCAUUUAAUUAAAAGAUGUUUAGAUGCAAAUCCAUUAAAUCGACCAACAGCAACGGAAAUUAAAAAAAUUUUAAUGCAAUGGUGGGUUGGGUUUAAUAAUCAAACGGAAUUACAAGAUCAAAUUAGAGAAGCUGAUGAAAUCAAUAAGAAAUUAUCAACUAAUAGAAUACCCUCAACUAGUUUAGAAUUAUCAUAUAAAACACAUUCAGAAGCUAUUUAUACAAGUAGAUUACUUGAUUUUGAAAAUCUUCCUGAACCAAAAAAUUCAGAUGAUUAUUAUGAACAUUACGAUAAUAUAGUAUCUAUGGAAUAUUUAGAAUCUCAACAAAUUGAUAUUUCUCAAUUGAAAUUUAACAAAGAUGAGAUUUUAAAUAACGAAUUUAAAGGUGGAGAUAAUAUAUAAAAUUUUUUAUAAUAAGUUAUAAAAGAAUAUAUUGUUACUAC